ACUUCUACUGACAAGCCAAGAGACGCAGAUUAGAGCUGGUUUUCUUUCAGUCACACUCACAACACUCUGGGAUACGGACGUAACUCUGGGGCUAUCAGAGGUUUACUGAGGACACUUUGCCCCAUCAGUGAGCUGAUUAUGGUGCUCCCCGGCUGGGGUGGUUCUGUGCUGCUGAUGUGCAUGUCCUUCGCCCUGGAUGGACUUGCCAGCUUGUCAGGCGAUUUGCCACCACCGGAAAACCUCAGCUUGUCAUGGGACUCGAGCGUUUUGUCUCUGCGUGUAAACUGGAGAGAACCAGUCGGCUUGGGCACAGACUGUAAAGUGAACUAUACUAUAGCAAUAUAUAAUGAGCAAAAAUGUCCUCCCAGAAGCAAUACUUCAGAAAAACAUCGAACAGAUCGUUUAAACUUUGAACAUUCCAUUUCUAAAGAGGAUGAAAUAUGUGUCGGCAUAACAACGAACCCAAUGGACUGCGAAAACAAAAAGGCCAGCAAAGAAGUAUACAAACAUCUCUCUCCACCUCGAGCCUUAGUGAAGAACUUCAAUUGUGUCUACUAUGCGAAUGAAACAAUGAACUGCACAUGGACUGUAGUCAAAAGUACUCCCGACCUUCAGCUGUUUUACAGGGAAGAGCAAAAUAACAAAGCCAUCCUAAAGCAUUGUAUGUCAUAUAUCACCUAUGGAAACAUGAAGACAGGCUGCCACCUGCAUGAUAAAGGUCUUACAUUCCAAAAAAAUGUUUACUUUGUCAUUAAUGGCACUGGAGAAAAUCAACUGAUUAACAACAGGUUUAUGGUAGACAUAAGUGAGUCAGUGAAAAUACUUAAGCCCAAGGUCAGCAUUACACAAGAAGGUGAACGCCUCCAUUUUCAAACAAUCACUUCAAAUUUCAUACCAUCACAUUGUUUGAAAUACAAGUAUUUCUACAGCAGAUGCAAAAAAGAGAGUGAAGAGGAAGCACAAGAGAUGAGCUCAGUAUAUGUGGAAUAUGACACAGGCUGCAGGUACACCGUUCGAGGGCAGGUCAUAUACUCCAGCUUAUGUGGCGGGAAACAGGAGAUUGAGAGUGACAUUAGCGAACCGGAAUAUUUUGGUGAGGAUGGUGACCCAAAUUUGCCAUUUAAAGUAGCUAUGAUCAUCACCCCUGUAAUGGUAUGCUGCAGUCUCAUUGUAGCUAUAGUGCUCUUUAGGAGAAACAAGGACAUAAUUCUCCCAAAGAUUCCUGAACCAUCCAUGUUUUUCAAAGAUAUGCUUAACAGUACUACUGAUGGACUUUCUAAGAGCCUGGGUGGAGGAAAACUCUAUGUGCCUGUUAAAGAGAUCGUUGCAAGUGGAGUGAAUGUCGAGCCAAAAUCUGCACUUUUACACCCAAACCAUGAGAGCUGCAUUUAAAUUACACAUUGCUCUUCUCUGAACAUGGCCAGUAGUGGACUCACAGUGACAAAACCAGACUUGCAGUUUAGACAUAAAUCUAUGCACAACACUGUUGCUUGUAGAGCCAUUUAGUUCAGUGCACUCCUUUAGUCUUCAUGCGCAGUUACUUCAGGUACAAGGACUGCGUUGCAUUCACGUUUGCAUUGGAUAGGUUGUGGUUUGCUAAAUAGCUGUCUGAGUUCACGUUCGAAUGAGAAAGUCAUCAAAGACAAGCUCAGCCACAACAGGCAGUGGGUUCUGAAACAGUGCUUAUCUUUUUUCAGUGAAGUUAAGAACUCUAUGAUGUGCCUGCAAACAGCAUUACUCAGGAAUAUAGAUAUAUUUGCCCACUUGGUUCACAGUGGAAAGGGAAACGGGUAACUAUGUAAAUAAGGAACACUGAACAUGUACACAAUAAUUUUGCAGCAUCCGUACCCCAUUUUGUACAUAAAUAGAAACUUCAGUCUAAUAUUAUUAGGAUGUAUAGUGUUAAUAGUAAUAUAUGUAAAUACUGGUAGACGAAAAGUUUUUCUACAUAGUUUGCUCUGUAAAUAAAAAAAAAGUUUAUGGUUAACUACGGUGAUGAGCGUUAUCCAUUAAAUUCUUUUUACCAGUCUGCCUAACCCCACAAGGUCUUGGCUAUUAUUCGAUUACACGUCAUAAAGCAUAAAAUCACCACCAUUAUUUAUUACCUACUGUGAAAAUAAUGUAAAUACAAGCAUAAAGACUGUUAUUGUACACUCACCAAGGUCGGGUUUUGGGGUGAAGCCAUGAGGAAGUAGACAAGUGGAUUUUGAAAGUAUAAUUUUCACAUGACCAUUUUGUACAUAAUUCCCCAGGGGAGUGAAGCAGCUCCAGAAGACGGUCCUUAGUUUACAAUAGAAACAAUCUGUCUUGAUUAGAAGGCAGAAAUAUCCUGAUCUCUGCAAAAACUGAUGAGAGAAGGUUAAUAAAGAUUAAGUUCUUAUUUAUACACAACCAUUCACACAUUGUGUCCGUUUAUUUUAUAUUCAAUAGCUUUCUGACUCUGUUGUUAAGAAUCUAUGACAGUUUGAUUAAGUGAACCUAAUGAACAAUUUAACCAAAUGAAAAGCAAAAAAAUGAUACAGAUGUGAACUAUAAUAUAGCUUUGGAUAGAUUUAUUAAAGGCAUGCUGCAUUUACAUUUUUGUGAUAUUCAUUUAAAUAUAAAAACUUUUAGUCUGAUUCCUUAAGCCACAGCUGCUAUUGCGAAAUAACCUCUGAGUAUCAGCUGUUAUGAGGUUUAAACUGUAUAAAGGGCUUAUUAUGUAGCUGGAGUUUUUCCACAUUAGAAGAACAUAUUCUGUAGGACCUACAUGGUAAUAAAUAUAAACUUAUGUAAUGUUAAAAGAAAGGAUUAAUCUUAGUGUCUGUUGUCAUGAGGAGCCUAGAAGCUUAACCUAAUCUAAAAGGGCCUCCCAUGUUUGUACUUAAUGUCUUCACUUCCUGCUUAGUUCAGUUUCUCCUCUGGCCUGGAACAUAAAGAAACUAUCUCUCAAGCUUAUAAUGAACUGAUAAUGUGUGGCUUAUGCAACGCAUGGGAUAGAUCCAUUCUGUGGUCAAAGAAAUUGAUGUUUUCCAUCCUGAAUAAAGCUAUUAUGAGUGUAA